CCCUAUCAUCUCUUAUGAAAUGUAAAGACAGGUGGCGUUUUAUUUAGUCUGAAUCUGUAAAAAUUAAACUUUGUAUUCGUUGCAAAGACACAGAUUCUUUUCCCGACAAAUCAUGGGAGACAUCGAGGAGAAGAAACCACCUUCUAUGUCUGAACCAGAAAGAUCCACACCGAUUAAGGUAACAGUAUCAAGAAUCGCUGUCUUGAAAUUGAACCAAUUUAUGGAAGACGCGGUGCAGGCUCUGUUGAAAAUGAAAGAGCUUGGUCUUAAUCCGACCACGAGCACUUACAACACUUUGAUCAAAGGGUAUGGGAUCGCAGGCAAGCCUGAGAGAUCAUCUGAGUUGCUUGAUCGUAUGUUGGAGGAGAAGAAUGUUGAUGUUAGACCGAAUAUAAGGACGUUCAAUGUGCUGGUGCAAGCGUGGUGCAAGAAGAAGAAGGUGGAGGAAGCGUGGGAGGUGGUGCGUAAGAUGGAAGAGUGUGGAGUUAGGCCGGACACGGUGACUUAUAACACGAUUGCAACUUGUUAUGUGCAGAAAGGAGAGACUGUGAGAGCUGAGAGUGAGGUGGUCGAGAAGAUGGUUAUGAAAGAGAAAGCUAAACCGAACGGAAGAACAUGUGGGAUUGUGGUGGGAGGGUACUGCAGAGAAGGGAGAGUGAGAGAUGGUUUGAGGUUUGUGAGGAGAAUGAAGGAAAUGAGAGUUGAAGCGAACCUUGUGGUAUUCAAUUCCUUGAUCAAAGGCUUUGUUGAGGUCAUGGACCGUGAUGGCAUCGAUGAGGUUCUUACCUUGAUGAAGGAGUGUAAGGUGAAGGCAGAUGUAAUCACGUACAGUACCGUGAUGAACGCUUGGAGCUCAGCUGGAUACAUGGAGAAAGCUGCACAAGUGUUUGAAGAAAUGGUUAAAGCAGGAGUCAAACCAGACGCUCACGCUUACAGCAUUUUAGCCAAAGGGUACGUUAGAGCAAAAGAGCACAAGAAAGCUGAGGAACUUCUUGAGACUUUGAUAGUUGAAUCCAGGCCCAACGUUGUGAUCUUCACCACGGUGAUCAGCGGGUGGUGCAGCAGCGGAAGUAUGGAUGAUGCAAUGAGGGUUUUCAACAAGAUGUGCAAGUUUGGGGUUUCGCCGAAUAUUAAGACAUUUGAGACAUUAAUGUGGGGUUACCUAGAGGUGAAGCAACCAUGGAAAGCAGAAGAGGUUUUGCAGAUGAUGAGAGGGUUUGGUGUGAAGCCUGAGAAUUCAACCUUCUUGCUCUUAGCAGAAGCUUGGCUUGUCGCGGGACUCACUGAUGAGUCAAACAAAGCGAUCAAUGCAUUGAAAUGUAAGGACAUAGAGAUCGCAAAGUUGGAGAAGCUGUACCAGAAACAGUCAUCUGGUAGUUUUAAUCUCUUGCAGAUCCCACUAGGGAAACGAGAGCUUCCAACUGCAAAAGCUAUGAAUCUCUCUGCUUGCAAACUUGGAGCUCGAGUGCCAAUCAUAUGCCAGAAGCAGUCCCAAGCGCAGUUUGGGAUCAGUGGACAAUUUGUACAUUCUUGUACAGUGUUCUUGAACUGAAACAAACCAAACCGGCUUUGGCUGAACUGAAUCCAGAGAAUUUGGUUUUCCAAUUAUUCUUCUGUUGAAACUUCAGAGUCAAAUACUUUGAGAACUCUCACUCUAUGUACAUUGCAGCUGAAUGAUCUUGUAUAAAAGAAAAUGUAUUGUACAGUUCUGCUGUUUUCAAUAACUUUCAGACUCAUAGAUUUGGAGAAAUAAAUAAAAACCUCUUAAUGA